AUGAAAUCUUCCAAGGGCACUCUUGACUGGAUGGAGGAAAUACUGGACAAGGUCUUAGCUACAACAGAUUGGUGUGGUUUGUUACCGGAUGCGUGCGUCUCCAACAUGUUAACCCGUUCUUCUGAUCAUUCGGCUCUCUUUUUGGGAGUCAAGGGGGGCGGGCAAGCUGCUGGUGGGCUCCGCAGAUCCUUCAGGUUCAAGAUGGCUUGGGUUUAUGAUGAAAGCUGUAGGAAACAUGUGGAGGAUGCUUGGCAGGAAGGCAGACAGGCUAGACUACUUGGCUGCUUUCAGUUCUGUGGCGAUAAGUUGCUCCGCUGGGGUGGGGAUCACUUCCAUAAGUUUGGUGCGAAGAUCAGGAAGCUUCGACAAGAUCAGUUGUUGUUGAAAGGCCUGCUGGAUCCUCACUCCUUAGGGGAAUACCAACGUCUUGAGUCUGAGUUGUGUCAAUUGGAGGCACAGGAGGAUGCGUACUGGAGGCAAUGGGCGAAGCAGCACUGGUUGAGAGGAGCAGAUGCCAAUACUAAGUUCUUUCACAGGUAUGCCUCUGCUCGUAAGAAGAAGAAUUCUAUCUCUAGGUUAAAAAAUGAGUCUAAUGUGUGGGUAGAAGGGGAGGGCUUGAAUGCUGUUGUGCUUGACUAUUUUCGUGAUAUUCUUGCAUCAAAUAUUUCUACCUCCUCUAUGGAUUCUUUUGUUGCAUCUAUUGUACCCCGUGUCUCCCCGGAACAGAAUGCUACACCUCUCAGGCCCUUCGAGGCGCAGGAGGUUAAGAUUGUUCUUUUCUCUAUGUUUUACCAACACUUUUGGGAUGUGGUGGGCGGUGAUGUCUCUGAUUUUGUGCUAAAAUGUCUGAAUGACUGCUCCUUUCUGGUUGGGCUUAAUGACACGAAUGUGGUUCUCAUUCCCAAGAAGGACUGUCUGGAGAAGGUGUUUGAUCUUCGGCCUAUAGCCCUAUGUAAUGUGGUUUAUAAGAUCAUGGCCAAGAUGGUGGCAAAUAGGAUGAAGCCUUUAUUGGGAGAGGUGAUUUCUGAUUCUCAGAGUGUUUUCAUUCUUAACAGGCUCAUUACGGACAAUAUUCUCAUUGUUGUUGAGGUAGGUCAUUAUCUCAACAGAACGCAGUGUGGGAUGGUUGGGUGGGGUGCUCUCAAGUUGGAUAUGGCUAAGGCCUAUGAUCGUGUGGAGUGGCCCUUUCUGCGUAGUAUGUUGUUGGCUCUGGGCUUUUCUGUUGAAUGGGUAGAUUUGGUUAUGCUUUGUGUAACCACGAUCUCCUACAAUUUUCUGGUCAAUGGAAGGAAUGCUGGGCGGGUUGUCCCAACUAGAAAUGAUAGCCUCCUGUUUUUCAAGGUAACUCCUCAAGAAACAGGAGCUGUCAAGCAGUGUCUUGUUGAGUACGAACAAAUGUCUGGGCAGGUGGUGAACUUCCACAAGUCUAGUGUAUGUUUUAGCAGGAACACGCCUGGGGAGGUAAGGGAUGAAGUAGCGUCUAUGUUGGGGAUUGUGCAAGCUCCCAACCUUAGUAAGUACUUGGGUUUCCCUUCUUUCAUUGGGAGGGAGAAAAGGGCAGUAUUUUUGUAUAUUGAGGAUAAGAUCAAGCACAGGAUAGGGUCCUGGAUCUGUUUAUCAAUUGAAAGAGUUAUGAACCGGUAUUGGUGGGGUCCUGGAAAUCAAAGGAGUAUACAUUGGAAGGCCUGGGAUCGCUUGUGUGUUCCCAAGAGAUAUGGUGGCUUGGGGUUUAAGGAUUUGAGGGCUUUUAAUCUUGCAAUGUUAAGCAAACAAGCCUGGCGGUUUCUUACGAGACCCCACUCCCUUGUUGCACGGAUUUAUAAGGCUAGGUAUUUCCCCAAAUCCUCUUUUAUUGAUGCUACUUUAGGGAAUUGCCCAAGUUUCUGCUGGAGAAGUAUUAUGUCUGCCCAUGAGCUAAUUUGCAGUGGUGUUAGGAGAAGAGUGGGGGAUGGAAAAUCAACGUUAAUUUGGGGGCAUCCGUGGCUCCCUGAUGAGAAUAAUCCUAUGAUACAGAUUGUUAUGCCCCAAGCGCUCAAUGGUUCUUUGGUUUUGGGUCUAAUUGAUCCGGUUAAUGACACAUGGGAUCAAUCUAUCCUACGAGACAUCUUUAGCCCUGUGGAUGUGGAGCGUAUCUUGAAAGUUCCAGUCAGUCCUCUCUAUGAAGAUUCUUGGUUUUGGCUGGGGGACCCAGGGGGCUGCUACACGGUGAAACAAGGGUAUAGACGCAUUAUUGGAGAUUUUCGGUAUCGUAUCAGCUCUGGAAGUCACGCAAUAUGGCUGUCUGGGACGGUUUUCUGCCGCAAUCGAGGGCAGUUUGGCGGGCGGGCUGCCCAGGCAGCUUCAGCAGCUUGGCAUCAGUCUCGGAAGGCUACGGUAGGGGCAGUCUUGCUUGCACAAGGUGGAGGUUUUGUAGCAGCGUUCAAUGGUCAUCUCUCGGCUUGUCACUCGCCCCUCAUGGCGGAAUCGUUAGCUUGCAAAGAAGUUCUAUCAUGGCUCAAGGGACAGGGCAUAGCUUCGGUGCAUGUUCACACGGACUUUAGUUUUGUUCCUAGAACUGCUAAUCGAGCAGCCCACGCCCUUGCUGCGUUGGCUUUCUCGCAAGAUGUUUCGAUGUACUUGGAUUCACUCCCCCCGACUCUAUUUCCGAGUUGA